AAUGGGUUGGUUAGAUGAUCACAAGCCAGCAAUGGCUAUGUUUGCACUGCAGUUUACAUAUGCAGGGGUCACUUUAUCAACUAGAGCUGCUCUUUUGCAAGGAAUGAGCCCCAGGGUGUUUGUGUUCUACAGGCAAGCCAUAGCCACUUUGGUUAUUGCUCCCAUUGCAUAUUUUGCAAGAAGAAAAACUACAAGCUGUUCUAUAGGGUUGAAAAGCUUUGGUUUGAUAUUUUUGGCCACUCUUGUUGGCGUAACGGUCAACCAGAACAUCUACUUUGAGGGUGUAUACUUAGCCUCUUCGUCCUUGGGAAGUGCAAUGGGUAAUCUAAUCCCUGCAAUCACCUUUGUAAUCGCAUCCAGCAUUGGAUUAGAGAAGGUAAAUAUCCGAAGGUUGAGAAGCAUUGCAAAGAUUAUAGGGACAGUGUUGUGUGUGAGUGGAGCCAUUUUCAUGGCAUUGCUCAAAGGGCCAAAGCUACUGAACACACAAUUAAUCCUACCAAUUACAACAUCUAUUUUUGGGUCUGGAGGUGGUGAUAAUUGGUUGCUGGGUUGUCUCUUUCUCUUCGGAAGCAGUUGUUGCUGGUCAAUUUGGCUAAUUUUGCAGGUCCCAGUUUCAGCAAGCUAUCCUGACCACCUAUCCUUAUCUGCUUGGAUGUGUUUUAUGGCAACAAUACAAUCAGCAAUAGUUGCAUUCUUCACAGAGAAACACUCCUCGAAAGCUUGGAAUAUGAAUUCAUAUCUUCAACUUGCUUGUUGUUUUUAUUCAGGAAUAAUAGGAUCAGGGUUGUCCUUCUUUGUUCAAGCCUGGUGCAUUUCGCGUAGGGGUCCACUCUUCUCUGCAAUGUUUAAUCCUCUAUGCACAGUUAUAGUCACCAUCUUUGCUUCUAUAUUUCUACAUGAAGAGAUCUAUACUGGAAGCUUGGUAGGUGGUGUUUGUGUAAUUGGUGGAUUAUAUGUUGUGCUGUGGGGUAAGGCUAAAGACAUUGAGGAGUUGAAAGUGGAGAAAGAUGUGAAGUCGGGAAAUGUGAAGAUUUUGAUGGAUGAAUCGAAAAUUGAUUUGGAGGAACCACUUUUAUCACACUAUAAGUUGUGAAGAGACAAAGACAGACUCAGAUGCUCCACCAAUAACUUGUACGCACGUACCAUUUACCUAGUAGUCCACUCCACUCCACUCGAGUCUUGAUUAACAUAAGAAGCCACAUGUUUUAAUUACUAGCCACCCAACAAUAUUGUAGCUCUCCAUAGUCCAUAUCUUUGAAAUCAUGCUCCAUUUUGAAUAUUAAACCAAUUUCAUUUUUAUAAUCUCA